AUGAUGCUCUUACAGAGUAUCACUCUAGUUUUCUUAAUUGUCUUCACAUGUUUGUUCUUUCCCACAAUUCAUGGAAAACUUGACAGUAAUGCAAAAGGGAAUCAAUGGCUUCCAAUAUCCCUUAUUUCAUUACCACCUUCUCCUUCACCUGAGGCUGUUAGCCAAAGUGCCAAUGGACCCUUUGUUUUCAAUGUAAAAUCUUUUGGUGCUGUUGGGGAUGGUAUCUCUGAUGAUACAGAAGCAUUUAAGUUGGCAUGGGAUACAGCAUGUCAUGCUGAAGAAUCAGGAACUAUUCUUGUUCCAAAAGCUCAUAUCUUCCUGAUACAGUCUACUAUAUUCACAGGGCCUUGUAAUUUUAACCUCACUUUUAAGGUUGAUGGCACUAUUUUGCCCCCGGAUGGACCUGAUUCAUGGCCAUUGAAUAGAAGCAAGAGGCAAUGGCUGGUUUUCUAUAGAAUCAAUGGAAUGUUAAUGCAGGGAAGUGGUCUUGUUGAUGGAAGAGGAGAGAAAUGGUGGAGUCUCCCAUGCAAAUCACACAAAGGAAUUAAUGGGACAACACAACUAGGUCCAUGUGAUAGCCCUGUGGCCAUCAGAUUCUUUAUGAGCUCCAAUCUGAGAGUGGAAGGACUAAGAAUCAAGAACAGUCCGAAAUUCCAUUUCCGAUUUGAAGAUUGUCAAAAUGUGCAUGUUGAAAAUCUUAUCAUAACCUCACCUUCUCUGAGUCCCAACACUGAUGGAAUUCACAUUGAGAACACAAAUAAUGUCAGUAUUUACAAUUCAGUAAUUUCCAACGGUGAUGACUGUGUGUCCAUUGGAGCUGGUUGUUACGAUGUGGACAUAAGGAAUAUAACAUGCGGUCCAAGUCAUGGAAUAAGCAUUGGCAGCCUAGGAAAUUACAAUUCGCGAGCUUGUGUCUCGAACAUAAUGGUCAGUGACUCAAUUAUUAAACACUCUGAUAAUGGGGUUCGGAUUAAAACAUGGCAGGGUGGCAGAGGAGCAGUGUCUAAGGUAAACUUCAGAAACAUUUACAUGGACACUGUCCGUAAUCCAAUAAUCAUAGACCAAUACUACUGCCCCACCAAGAAUUGUCUCAACCAGAGCAAUGCGGUUUCAAUUUCGAAUGUUUCAUACUCAAACAUCAGAGGUACUUAUGAUGUGAGAUCCCCCUCUAUGCGUUUCGCUUGCAGUGAUUCUGUUCCAUGCACAAACCUCACGCUAUCUCAAGUGAAACUGUUUCCUGCUGAGGGCAAGAUUUUGGUCAACCCCUUUUGUUGGAAUGCUUAUGGAGUUGUGCAGACACUCACAAGCCCGCCACUUUUAUGCCUCUUAGAUGGAAAUCCAUUAACGUUACCUCAAAAUGAUGUUCUUUUGUGUUAA